AAGCCAGUCCCAGAGUUCAGCAUUGGAUGGCUUGAGGGAUUUAAGAAGCGCUUUAAGAUAUCAUUAAAAGUUCGACACGGAGAAGCCUUAUCUAUCCCAGCUUCUACAGAAGAGGAAAUGAGAGCCUUACAAACUGUGGCAGGGGAAUAUCAAGAGGAGGAUAUCUACAACAUGGACGAGAGUGGCCUUUAUUGGAGGAUGAUGCUCUCUCGAGGCCUCUCAUCACAACAUCGGAUCUCUCUUGUCUUUUGUGUCAAUGCAACUGGCACAGAUCGAUUUCCAGUCUGGUUCAUUGGCAAAGCUAAAACACCACGCGCUUUGCGAUUUGUAUCAGUUCAUACAAUGGGAGGGCAAUGGCGGUGGAAUAAGAAAGCUUGGAUGAAUACAACGAUUAUGACAGAGUGGCUUCAAGCUUUUUAUCAGCAUAUUGGCACAACACGACAAGUUCUUCUUACAAUGGACAACUUCUCUGCCCAUUAUACUGCAAUUGAGCUUUGUCCUCCUCCAUCAAAUAUUCGAAUAUGUUGGCUACCUGCUAAUAGUACAAGUCGCUACCAGCCUCUUGAUCAAGGGAUUAUUCAGAAUUGCAAAGCUUACUACCGGUGACAUUGGCUACAAUAUAUCUUCAAUCCUUCGACUCAAAUGUAGAUCCUCUGUCGUCAAUGAAUCUACACCUUGCAAUCCGUUGGAUCUUACGAAGCUGGAAUAACGAAAUUACAAAUACUACAAUCUACAAUUGCUUUCGCAAAUCAACACUUGUCUCUUCACCUAUUUCACUUCCUACUCCAAUUAUGCCUCAUGGAGUUACAGAGCUAUAUCAAAAGGUUAUGGAAGCAGGAAAUAUACAAGACGUUAUGUCAGUUGCAAAUUUUCUUAACCCUGUUGACGAAGAUGACAAUGGAGAGGAUGAGCAGAAUGUAGGAGAAGAUGAGGUUUUACAAGAAGUGCUACAAGAGCAUUUAGGUUUACCGACUACUCAAAGUGAUGAAGAAGAUGAUGAUCAGCUUCCACAGCCUAUGUACUCAAUGGCUGAUGCUAAACAAGCUCUUCAUAUAUUGAUUGGAUUUGCUGAAAGCCAAGAAUCUCUUUCUUCUGAUUAUUUACGGACACUUGAGUGGUUGGAAUCAGCAAUUGAGGGUAUUCAGCAGGCAUCAUUAGUUCAGGGGACAUUAGAUACAUGGAUUACAUAAUAUAUUAUAUUUUGGUUACAGCGAUA